CAGAGGUUAGGCAGGGCUACUAUUCCUGAGAACUGCACCGAUGUACAGCCUGCUCCUCUCCAUAGUACUAUUGCCUGUCCUACAGGCUGCCUCUGAAGGACAAAGUUGGGGAUAUACUGGCAAAGAGGGGCAGAACAACUGGCCAACCAAAUAUAGCUUCUGUGCUGGUGUCUACCAGUCACCUCUUGACUUCCAUGGCAGCAUCCUGCAGUAUGAUUCCACUCUGAAGCCCAUUCACUUCUACGGAUAUAAUGCUUCCGGCACUGAUUACUUCAUCAUAGUCAACAAUGGACACACAGUGUCUAUGUCCCUGCCGCCGACUAUGUACAUAGAGAUCCCUCCUUUCCGCUACAUUGCUUCACAUCUUCACUUUCACUGGGGUAACCUGAGUGGUCAUAAAGGGUCAGAACAUUGCAUUGGAGGCAAGAGGUUUUCAGCAGAGAUGCAUAUUGUGCAUUAUAACUCCAAGUAUGCUGAAGUUGGCAUAGCCGCUGAGGUUGCAGAUGGCUUGGCUGUGCUUGGGGUUCUUAUAGAGGUCGGUUCUUACAAUACUGUAUAUGAUGAUAUCUUUUCUCAACUGCCACAAAUCAAGUACAAAGGACAGGGGUUUCGGAUCCCACAGUUUAAUGUGCGACCUCUUCUCCCUGAAAGACUGGAUGAGUACUAUCGCUACGAGGGUUCUCUUACAACCCCACCCUGCAAUCCCAGUGUGUUGUGGAGUGUUUUCCGGAAUCCUGUCUUCAUCUCAGAGCAGCAGCUUCACCUUUUGGAGACGGCCCUGUACUUCACCGAGCAGAACAGUUCUUCUCCUGUGCAGAUGAUUGACAACUACAGAUGGCUUCAGCAGGAAGGUGACCGGCUGGUGACAGUGUCUUUCCGGGAAGGUACUGUUCUCGCAGUCACACUGGCCUGUGUAUUGGGAUCUGUAGUUAUUAUUGCAGUGACAUGUUGGUUGUGUCGUCGGAAAAAAAGGGAAGGGCACCAAAAAAUUGUUUAUACUGCUGCUGUGCCCAUGGAGGAAAACACAACCAAAGUAUGACAGCCGACUGCCACCUAUGUCAUUUAGGACAGACCUUCAUAAAAAUUCUACUCUGUGCGUGAAGGAUGAAGAUGUUGUUUUGUAUCCAUCACACUUGCCAGUUAUUUCCCCCAUAUACAAAUACUUGAUCGUAAGGCAUCAGUAGCUUCCUGCAAAUAAAGUUUUGGUCAGAUUGCCAGACCUUGGAUUAUGGAAUUUGAAGAAAAUAAAUAUUUGCCCAAGAUUAAAAAUUGAUGUCUUGUUAAAGGGGAUGUCCAGCUUUUAGUAAGUGAUGGUCUAUCCUUAUUGAAGUCGAUGAGAGCAGUGCUGUAGUAGCAGGCUCCCUCCACUACAACAUUGAUGAUGCUGUGUGGCUUUGGCACCGGAGCUAUAGCGGUCAUGUGUUGGAUCCCCACUGAUCAGCUAGUGACAGCCUGUCCUGAACAUAGGCCAUCACUUACUAAAGGCCUGGCAACACCUUUAAUAAUUAUGGGAAUCUAAUUUGUAUCUGCUGCCCAAUGACGUACUAAUCGUCUGGCCAUGAAUUAUGAUUGCCGUUUUUCACAACUCUUUACCCAAAUUCUUAUGCAAUGAUCCCUGAA